AUGGAGGAGAACAAGAAAGAUGGUAUACGAAUAGGAGGGGUGGGCAAGAAGGAGCGAGCGUAUAUAGGAGAAGGUGAAUCCGAUUUCUCCCGCCCUCCAAUGAGUCCAGUGAAGCGCGCCAGCAUCAGGAGCUUAGAAGGAGGGGUGGAUGGGGUUUGGGGGAGAGGGGGUGAACUGGUUCCCUCUGCCCGCUGGGUGAAUGCCUGCUCCACUGGCUACUCCUGCCCUGGAUAUAUGCUUGCACGGUCCUGGGACGGCUGGCUGACUAAGCUUGGGCUGCGCAGUGCUCGACAUUGA